GAGAACCCGGCUGUCGCACACAGUUCCCGCGUUGCUAGGGCAAAGAUUUCCUCGUUGAUCGUUUAAAGAAGAGUGGGCAGGGCAGGUCUUCCGAUUGACUGGACCCUCUUCUUUGUUGAAGUUUGGUUCUUGUUACCCUGAACGACAAGUGGACACCUGCUUCCGAGGCUACGUGCUACUACUUACCGGAGUUGACGUUAGGCAAACGCAAGCGCACGUCAACUUGCACCGCGUCAUCGGAGACGAUAAAGUGUCGAGCGGCUGAAUAUAAACUUACCUUGCCCGCCUCCUCCACCGCCACCGACUCCGCCGCCAUCGACUCCACACCUCCGCCUCACCAUAAAAACGUACCUCGGCUCUACCUACCUCAACGCCCAACCACGACAAAACCCAACAACCCAAACAUCUAAACAACCAAACAUCCAAACAAACCAAACACUCCAGACGACACAAUGAAACUCGCCACCAGCUCCCUCCUCGCAAUCUUCACUAUCUUUCCCGCUGUAUACACACUACCAACAACCCACUUACUCUCCCGCCAAUCCAAACUACCCACAUGCGGUGCCACCAAAUGUCUCGCCACCACAAACGGCCUCUUCGACGGAUGCGCUCCCGGUGACCUAGUCUGCAUCUGCACACUCGAACAGAGCGAAGUCGAUCGUUAUGUUAGUACUGUGCAGCCGUGUUUGGAUGGUGAGGCUGGGAAGGCCGAGUGUACGGCGGGGGGUGUUGCUAAUUAUAAACAACUUCUUGCAAAGGUUUGCAUGGAGCCCGAGUAUGGGAGUUUGAAUAGGACUGUCGAGUUUGCUCCGGUGAUGGAGGAACAGGAACAGGAAGAGGGACCUGCGGUGACGACGACGGCGGUGAGGGUUUGAACGAGGAUUUGGACGAAAGGGUGGUCAUGGGUAUGGGCAUGGGCAUGUGGUUAUGAAGAUGUGAUACGGAUAUGAUGCGAAAUACAGUAAUGAUAAUAGAUUCCUCUCUCUCUC